UCGUAAAGCGCCGCUUUGACCAGUCGCCCUCUGAGCCGACACUGUUGUCGCCCUUCACAAACCCAGAAACUCCGCUUCUCCCCACGAAAACACACUUUAACUCCACGGUGCACCAUGGCGGGGGCAGUCGCACGCAAAGCCAUCGACCACCUCAAAAGCAAAGACUUUAGGGAUUAUUUAACGAGGUAUCAUUUCUGGGGUCCUGUAGCAAACUGGGGUCUUCCUAUUGCUGCCAUCACAGAUAUGAAGAAAAGCCCUGAGAUUAUCAGCGGCAGGAUGACCUUUGCUUUGUCCUGUUAUUCGCUGCUCUUCAUGAGGUUUGCUUACAAGGUUCAACCACGCAAUUGGCUCCUGUUUGCUUGCCAUUUGACCAACGAGACAGCACAACUUAUCCAGGGAAGUCGUCUCAUCAAAUACAACAUGGAGAAGAAGAUGAAAUCUUAGUUGGUGGAGUGACGCAGAAAUCGGUUUUGCAGCCUCCUAAACUUGGACAUCAAAAAUCACUCGUCUAAGCAUGUCAUCCACUAAGUGAAGCAGGUGCACUUAUGCAAAACAUUUUAAACCCAGUGUGUCCGUGAUCAAUCUCUGUAGGGGAAUUUUAGAAACUUUACUCUAUUAAAAAGGUUGAUGUCUUGCUCUAAAAAUCAAGGUCAACUUUUAGAAUUAAAUUUCAGCUUAGUUUUUUUUUUUUGUUGUUUUUUUGAAGCAUUCAAUAUGACACAACAUUAUAUGACAUUAUAAAGAAUGUACUCGGCCCAAAUAAUCAUCUGUUGCUCAUGUCAUUGAAGGUCAUUAACACAAGGGUUUUUUAUGAUAUUGCCACCUGCUUAGAAAUUGUCAUUUGCAAUACGUGUAGGAUGUGGUUGUCUACUGUGUCUCAAAGAAAGAUGUUAUGAAAUAAAAUGUAUGUAUGAUCUUGUAUGAUUGAGAUUCCACUUUAAACAAUAUGAAAUGUUAUAAUUCAGAUACAUCAAUUAUAAACUAAAUAUGUCCAUUGUCUGAUGUUGGAAGACUACGUGCAUUUUAUUUCAGGGUAAUUAGGUUGGAAUCCAACAUGGUCCAUUUUAUGUCCUUCAAGACCUGGAAAAACAAGCUGCUCCUGUAAGUGUUGACCAAAUGUGUAAACUCCUGUUGUAGUUACAUAUAAUUCACAUUAAUUUAUGGUAAUUGUGAUUCACUUUUUCCCCUGAUUAUUUGGAUCCUUUACGUUUCUUUAAAUAAACUUGAAAGAACAAUCUUCA